AUAAAAAUACAUCAGUAGCCGACUGGGGGUGUUGUAGCUGUCCAGAGGCCAAGAAAUAGAUCCCCUUAUUCAGUGUAACGGAGAUGUUAAUAACAAAUGUAUGGUCAGAAAAUCAAUCGAGGACUUACACAUGAUGAUACAUUUGUUGGUCAGGUUUUAUUACUUUGCCACGUAAAUGUAAGACGAUGACGCGCGUUUCGGCGGCGGAGGAAUACGGCACGGCCGUGUGGCGCGUAGUUUGAGUCGCACUGCUGCGCUCGGCGGCUCGGCUUGGUCUCCUGUAUUGUUUGUUAUAUGUAUAGUUACGGGGGUCCGCCCUAUAUAUCCAUUUUUACUGGCCCUCGACGUUUUAUUGUUUUACUUUUUUAUUUAUUGAUAACGACUUCGCUCGCAGUCCAGUUUGAGAGGCGGCCGGCAUGGAGGACGUCGACGUGCUAGGGCAGGCGAUGGCUGGGUCACCCGAGAAGAACCCACCGCUGGAUUUUUCACGGGUCACCCCCUCCCUGUUUGGCAUUUCCACAGAAAGCUUCAUCCCUUCUAGUCGAAAGAAAGAUAAGUCCCGAUUAUCACAGCUGAAAGCACGACGCAGAUCCACCAUCGGUGUGCGAGGGUCUCCCGAAACCAACUCGCUGAUCCGCUACAUAGCCCAGCAGAAAUGCCGGACGCCCCCAAGUCUCCCACCCAGCCCCUUCAUUGGCCAUGGCUUCUCCUCUCUGAGGCAGAAAAUGGCAUCCUUCCAGAGCCUGCUGGAAAUAGAUGAGGUUCCGAAAGCAGAGUUGCUGCCAGCAGUGGAGUGGACAGAGGUCUCCAAUGAGAGCAGUGCUGUGACUGCAAAGGAGAACAUGGACCCCCAUGGCUGCCUGGUUUUGGCUACGCCUCCCUCAUAUAAGAAGCCCCGCAUGGAGUGUGUGCAAGUCAGCCCCCACUUCCCAAUGUUCAGCUCGCUGCCUGUGCCCGGCGCCCCAGUGCAGCAUCCGGGGCCCCCGCUGGACGCUGUGGUGCCGGAUUGCCCUGAGCUGGAGUACGCCAUAUGUGAGUCUCCACUGUCUUGCAGUGCUGCCGAUCCUGGAGGCUUCGACCCGAAGCGGCUCCCUCCUGCAGAGGCUCAGCAGGCUCGCUCUGCUGGACCCACAUGGCCAGAUUCUAAUGGUCUUCAUAAGCCUGAUGAGCCAAGUGCUCCCCGCAAUGGCUCCCUGAUGUUCCUGUCACCUCCCGCUGAUCACUCCACAUCUGCAGGUGAGGUGACUGCCGCAGCAGAUGUUCCGCUGAGCACCAAGAAGCGUGUGCGAUUUGGGGUGCCGCUGACCCCGGAGUUAUUCGACAUGAUGUUGCCCCCCAGCACCCCGCUGCAGAGGGGGGGCACGCCCGCUCGCCUGAUAGCCUCGGCGGGGCCUCAGCUCCGUUCGCUACUGAAGACGCCGCACAGGUCACCCCAGCAUUUCCCUCAGCCGGACUUCGGCAGUCCCUCUGAGACCCGAGAGGCACCAGCUGAGAUGCAGUUUGACCAGGCGGAACACAACAGACAGGAUGAUGAGUGUCCACAGGUGUCCCUGCUGGAUGUGACUGAAGACAGCGAAUCCACCCUGAGCUCUGCUGAUGUGGCCCCAUCACAGAUUGCCUCGUGUCAGCCUCAGUCUGAGAUGAUCCCCCCUGUGAUGCUGCGGGAUUCCCUCGCUGGGACUCACCCUGAGUCGGAACCCCCCAGCGCCUUGGAGGAGCCCCCCAUUGACACCGCCCCAGCUUGCUCUCGAGGCAGGAAGCGGAAGCAGACAAGCAAGAGCCUCACGACCAGGGAAAGGGCGAGUCGUACAGCUGCGGUUUGCGCAUCACAGAAGAUUAAGGGCUCCUCGCGUAAGAAGCACUGGGGCAGCAAAGAGGUGGACCGCUCGCUCUAUGGGAAGAGGGACUAUGCAUCGAAGAACCCCACGUUGAGCCCCAUCAGCGAGGCUGUGCUGUCUGCCAGCAGCUCGCCUGCCCCGCAGCCUGACCACUCCAGAGAGCAGCCCUCAGGAGAGAUGGAGAGGCCUGCCUUGGAGGUGCCUGAUGCCACCCCCGGCCCCAGGGGUUCAGACCUCACUGCCAGUGCCAUCACUGCAGCUGCUAUGUGGCGAAAGCGGUUUUGCCCACGUACCGAGGGUCCCUCAAAGGUACACUCAGAUGACAUGGCAGGGGGCACGUUGGAAGAGGAGGGUCCCUCAUCUGGCCUGGACCAGCAGGGCAGCAGGGGGUGUAGGAGGCGGCCAGGUGUUGGCUGCAUGGUCGCCAUUGAGAUGGAGCCAGCUGAUGGGACCGACGAGGCCCUUUCCAUCUCCCCCACUCACUCCAGUGGCCCUGGCAAUCCUCUGGAGGAAUCCACACAGGUGAACUCUAAUCCACAUAAAGAGGGAGGUGAUGCUGAUUGGCACAUGCUGCAGGAAUGUAGUGAACCGGGAACUGAUUCAGAUACAGUAGCUCCUCCACAAGUGGGUGGAAGCCUGAGUGAGAUUAGUGUGAAUAAGAUGAUAAAGAGAAGUAGAAAGAGGAAGGGGUGGGGUGGGAACAGUCAUCGGAGGAGCGGCCGGUUGCAGGACAGCCAGGUUCACAUGCUUGCUGAGGAGCAGAUGCCAGCCCAGCAGGUGCCUGAUCCCUCACUAUCAGGAGCACGUGAGGAGGCGAGAUGGGAGGGUGGGGCCGUGAUGGGGGUUCCGUCAGCUGAUUCAUCCGAGGUCAGCCAGGAUGCUGGCAGGACUGAUCAGGGGCUGCCCUGGCAGCUGCCGGACUUCAGCAUUGAUGACGUCCUGCAGCAUCCCUCGAGGGGCCGUCGCUCUGUCCGUAGGAGCCUGCGGAACCAUGCCAAUACGGACCCUUCUGAGGGUGGGCUGGCUUGGGUUCUCGAAACCUCUCCAGACCUCUCUGUGAACAGGUCACUGCGAAGGGGAAGCAAACGCUGGACCAGACCUACACUGCCAGAAGAAGCAGGCCUCUGAAGAUGCCUCUAUGAGUUCAGAUAAAUGGUCUUCUGAUUGAAAAGAUUUUCAAAAUUUGUCCAAGAGAGCAGUUUGUUUGUAAAUAAAACUUUCUUGAUGUAACUUGA